UUCAAAUCAGUACUUGCCAUCACACAAUCUGUACCUAGAGGAGCAAUCUUCAUAAUGGAUGUCUGGGGUGUUAUAGGAGUAUUGACUAUUUGCUUCGAUGUCGUGUUGGCGUUCACUCCGCACGCUGACGAAGUAACGCCCCCCUUCCACACUCGCCCCCUGUCUAAAGAAGACUACAAGAACCUACACGAACAACACAACAGUCGCUCCUCCACUCUCUUGCCACAUUUCAAAUAUGUCUACGUGACCAACAAUGGAUCCCUUGUGUCAAGACCUGGUUCCCCAGGCCACACCAUUGAAGUAGCGGGCAGCCCUUUGGUUCACAUGACAGCAGUGCGCACAGCUGCCACGUACGUGUCCAAAAUGGUCAAGCUGAUGCCUUCGGACAUCUUCCAGCGCAUCUCAGUCCGUGCAAGUGUUGGCGUCUUUACAAAACAGGAAAAGAUCACCGUGUUCCCGGAGUUUGCCAUGUACAAGAAUGGAAACUGUGGGACCAGCUGUACUGGAAGUUGUGCAAAGACCUGCACAUCUGACGGCCGUAAGUGGGAGGAUAUUGGCGGAGCCGGUGGGUUGAGGGCGGCGGUGUUGGACGAAAACGUUGUCUGUGGACCACACGACCCCCACCAUCACCAUCUGAACGUCAUCCUACACGAGUUCGCUCACAUUGUGCACAGGCAAGGAAUGUCCACAGCCCAAAAGUCCAAAGUAACCCAAGCUUAUAACUAUGCCAAAAGCCACAGUAUUUGGAAUCUGCAUUCCUACGCAAUGAGCACGGAUGGUGAAUACAUCGCAACGGCUGUGUCUGUCUUCUUUGGGGCGAACAAGGACAGUCAGGGUAACACAGGGGGGAUGAAUCUUUGCGGCACGUCUGACUGCAGGACCGAGUCUGCCGCUAGGGGUCACCUUAAGCUGAAAGACAACAGGCUGUACGAGUUGCUGGUGGAGGUGUACACCAGCUACCAUCCUAACGUCAUGUCUGGCCUUUCUGUUUGCCCAAGCUAGCGAGCGAAAACGUCCGUGGGGUCAAUGAUAUCCAGUGCCCAUAGGCACGAUCGAUUUGGUUUAGUUUGAUUUGGUUGGCGGGGUUAGCCAGACUGAGGGUGAAAAGAAAACAAUCAUGGCACAAACCGAGUGAAGACGAUGAUGACCAUGAAAAAACCCAACCAAACACGGUUUUUUUUUCAAGGCCGCGAGUCGGGCGAUCGUUUUGUGUUAGAGAACCAAUCUCCCAAUGGGCACUGGGUAUUAAGGUUUGAACAUUCGUAUAAAUUAGAAAAAAAUAAAUGAGUUGUUGGUUGGA